AUGGUAUGGUGCGGCGGUAGCGGUGGUGGUAAUGAUAUGGUGGUGGUGGAGACAACAGUAGUUGCGACGACGGUGGUGGUAGUCGGUGGCGAUGGCGGUGGCAGCGGUAGCCUGUGGCAUGGUGGUCAUGGUGACGGCAGUGGCUGGAGCAAUAUUGGCGGUGGUGGUAGUGGUGAUGACGACAGUGGUUGUGGUAAUGAUGGUGGUGACAGCGGUGGUGGUAAUGACAUGGUGGUGGUGGCGGUGGCAGUGGCUGUGAUAACAGUGGUGGUAGUUGGUGGCGAUGGUGACAGCAGUGACUACGACGAUCGUGGUGAUUGUGACGGCAGUGGCUGUGAUGACGGUGGUGGUAGUUGGUGGCGAUGGUGA